CAUCCAAUUAAGAAGUAAUUCUGGGAAAGAGGAAAACUGGGGCUUGAGAUUUUAAAUUCUGGGUUUUAGUGGAUUGAAUCCUAGAUGGACCUGUCUCCUCAUUGCAAGCAUUUCAGAUCACUUGGUUGCAACUUGAAUUCAAUAGCAUGCAAAUGUGUGGUUUUAGUUAUCAUUGCUCUGGUUGUUAGAGCUGUCCUGCUUCCUACAUACUCUAGUUUUAAUGGGACUGAGCAGAACAAGUUGGUGUUGGUCAGCAACCUCUCCUUCUCAACUUUGUCAGGCAGUACUAAUUUUGGUAUCCGUAAAGAUAAGUUUCUCGAGGUUCCUCAAAUUGUAUGGGGAUUAAACAAUCAGAAAAUAGCAUUUGCAAGAGCUUGUUUAACAGCAAGGCUUAUGAACCGGAUUCUGUUGAUGCCUAGCUUGAGUGCUUCCUUGUUCUACAAAGAAUUUGAGCUCUUGAAGCCCAUUUCUUUUGAUAAGGUCUUUAAGUUUGACAAGUUCAAUUCACUCUGUGAUGGCUAUGUUCAGUUGGGGCAAUACUCGGAUCUUAAAAACCAAACAGGCGCGUUUGAGCUUCAGAAAGGAAGUGGAAGGAGGUGGACACCUGAGAGAGAUUUGGAUCAGUUGAAGCAGCACAGUAAGGGGCCAUAUGAUGAACAUGAGACGAUUCGAAUUGUUGGGAAGAAUCCUUUUUUGUGGCAUGAUCAUUGGCCUGUCAAGGACUAUGCUAAGGUGUUUGAGUGCUUGGUUUUGGUUGAUGAGAUCAUGAAAGAAGCCGAUAAAGUUGUGUCGAGGAUUAGAGAGAUAGGAGCAGAACAAGUAAGAAGGAAAAGUGAGUCUGCUGAGAACUCUUUGUUGGUCGAGCCAGUGCCUUACGUAGCUGUUCAUAUGAGGAUAGAAUUAGAUUGGAUGAUACACUGCAAGAACCUUGAGCGUAGAUUGAACAUAACUGAAAUUUGUAGCAGCAAAGAAGAGAUCAUGGAGAGAGUUGGCAACAUUGUUGGCCUUAAAACUCCAGUUGUUGUUUACUUAGCUGUGGCUGAUAGUCUUCUACAAGAUCCUUCAAUUUUGAAUGGAUGGAAAGAAGGGUUGGUUCCUUUUGAGAAGAAGAAACUUGGUUUUGAUGCACAAUACAAGAAGUUCCCCUAUCUCAUUCAGUCUGCAAUUGACUACGAAGUGUGCUUGAGAGCCGAUGUGUUUGUUGGAAACAGUUUCUCUACAUUUUCUAGCCUCAUUGCUCUUGACAGAACCCAGAAGCUGAUAAAAAUGGGUGUCAAUAGCUCAUGUGGUGUUGAUGUCAGGUGGCCUACAUAUGCAUACAACAUAUUAGGGGAAUCAAAAGGGCCUCAGAAAUGGAUGACAAACAUGUCUGGCUCAAGUCUGAAAGCAAUUAGCUAUGGCUCCAACCAAAUUUCAUGUUGAUGGUCUUGAGGCUCCACAAGUUUUUGUAUUCUAAAUCAUUCCAUCCCUCCGGCGCAGAUUUAUUGGUAUAGUGUCACAGAAAUUUUUUGUUGAUAGAGAAAAUUAAUAGCAGAGAAUGUUGAAAAUAGCAAUUGUUUACCAAAUUUGUUACAGUUUUCAAUUAUGUAAAUCUGAAUCUUUCGAAAUUCAUUUUCAUUCUUUUGAUUAUAGAAAUUCAGAGUAAAUUUCGAAUCUUUCUAAUUCCGACGUGACAUGUAACUAAGGACAUAAUUUUCCAGGUUAGCGUGUCUGAUCCUUUUUGCUUUUCUGAGUCUCUGCAACUGUUUUUCUUUGCUUAAGAUAUGGCACAGACGACCAAAUGAGGUGGUACAACAAGGGAAAAGGUGUGCUUAAUCCUCACUUUAGUACUUCUAACACAAUCAAGGACGACCGUUUUAAUGACUACAAGGUUGGAUCCAUGGGAUCGAUUG